AAACCCACAUCGCCACUUGCUAGAGUCACCUUGUACGGGACUUGGCGAAAAUAAUCGAUCAGUGAAGGUCCGAACGCGAAGGCGGAAAGUAUAGAGGAUCUCUAGCUUAGUGGUUCAGUGAAGAGACAACCAUGGGGGUACCAGCUGGUGAUGCCGAGAAAGGAAAGAAAUUGUUCGUACAGAGGUGUGCCCAGUGCCACACUGUGGAAGCUGGGGGCAAACACAAGACCGGACCGAAUUUGCACGGGCUGAUUGGCAGGAAAACGGGGCAGGCGGCAGGGUUUGCGUACACCGAUGCGAACAAAUCGAAAGGUAUUACAUGGAACAAAGACACUCUUUUUGAGUACCUCGAAAACCCCAAAAAGUACAUCCCCGGCACGAAGAUGAUCUUCGCCGGCUUGAAGAAACCACAAGAACGGGCAGAUCUCAUCGCUUACUUGGAACAAGCGACGAAGUAGACCGUCACCGCGCACCUAAAGUAGAAAUUACGACUAGGGUUUUUAAUGUUUGAAACAUUCGUCGAUCGUCGUAAUUUUUAUUUUAACCAAUCGUAUUAGUAGUAAUUUGUCGGAGUACGGUUUUCAUCACGUGUACGCAAUGAGACAAAGUACUUGUACAAACUAGCCAAUUUUCCUUAAAUUAUUCAAUUAACCAUCUUCAUUGUAACGUUGUACAGUAAUCCAUAGGUAACUUAUUUGAUUUGUGAUUGUUUUAUCUGUUUCACGUUACCACUAUGUUAAGAAAUAAAUUAUUUCAGUCGU